AUGACUAGCAACACAAAAACAAUGAGAGCAUGUCACGUGAACUGUCAAUCGUUAAUGGCACACCUAGAUGAGUUCAUGACUUUUUUUGUCAACUCUCCUUAUGACAUAAUCUGCCUCUCUGAAACAUGGCUUAAGCCUGCCAUACUCGAUUGCUCCGUCUCUCUNCCUGGAUAUCAGCUAUUUAGGNGUGACAGAAUCGGCAAGAGNGGUGGAGGCGUCGCUUUCUAUCUUACCACUUCUAACCAGGCCAAAAUUUUAAAAUCAUCUGAAAGUAAAUACUCGAAAAAACCAGAAUACUUAANUGCUGAGAUUGUGACUGCUUCACACUCUAAGAUUCUACUUGCUGUAGUUUACAGGCCACCUCACUGUGGACACNUAGGUGAUUUUUUCAACGUUUUCUAUGACUUAUCUAUACACUACAAACACAGCAUAAUCUUNGGCGAUUUCAACGCAGACAUGAACACCAGUACAUUCGAUUCUGAGCAAAUUCGCUCCUAUACGAGAGCGCAUAAUAUGUUUCUCGUGCCGUUCUCUCCCACGUAUCAUACACAAACCUCUUCUACAUUCCUAGAUUUGUGUCUUAUCGACAACGUAGAUAAUCUGAUCUCUUUCAAUCAGCGUGAUGUUUGCUUUUUAUCUUCGCAUGAUCUAAUCGAGAUAAACUAUAACAUCUCCAUCAGGAGAAUCCAAAAGAGAACUAUCACUGUCAGAGACUUCAACUCAUUUGACAACGAUAAAUUUUUAAACGAUCUCUCGAAUUGCGACUGGAGUCGUCUGCUGAAUACCAACGACAUAAAUCACAAAGUUUAUUUAUUCAACCACUAUCUNCUGACCUGCUUUGACGAAAAUGCACCUAUAAAAACGAUACAACCUAGACACUUGCCUGCGCCGUGGUUGACNGCAGAUAUUAAGGUGCGUAUGUCUGAGAGAGGUAGAGCUCGCAGAAGAUGGAGACGAUCCAAGAGUGUAGCAAAUUAUGCUCAAUAUAAGUUAUUAAGAAAUCAGGUACAAACCAUCGUUCGUAGUGCAAAGGAAGAAUACNACCUUGCUACUUUCUCUAAACUUAAAGAUCCUAACUCUAUCUGGAAACAACUUCGGAAAAUUGGCCUUGUAAAAACCAAAACCACUGAGCACACUCUACCAUUUUCAAUUAAAGAGUUAAAUCAAUAUUUCUCUACUCGUCCGCAACUGUCUUCUGUCGGGGAUGCGAUUGACCUUAAAUACAUUAACGAAUCUAACUAUGACGACACCAGACUGUAUUGGAAGAAUGUUGAAUUUUCAGAUGUCAUCAAUGCUCUUCAUAGGAAUAAGUCUAACGCAGUUGGCAAAGACCGCCUGUCUAUCGGACUCAUUAAAAUNGCAUUGCCACAAAUUCUUCCCUUCAUAACGCACAUUUUCAACUUCAGCCUAAACCACGGAAUUUUUCCAUCUAUCUGGAAGUCAGCNAUUGUCUGCCCUGUGCCCAAAACCAAAAGCCCUUCUGAGCUUCAGCACUUUCGACCGAUAUCUAUUCUAUGUGCCAUCUCGAAGGCGCUGGAAUGUAGCAACUCAGAUGACUGA